GGACAGAGGUUGGGUUUCGGGAAUACCGACGCCGAGAUAACGACGGUGACGGAGAACUGAGGAAGACGACCACCGACCACCGACCACCGCCUUGGUUUAAACGCAUCGUUUUGCCAGAUGAGCUACCAACAUUGAUUCACUUCCCUCACGGUGCCAUCUCUCCUGCGACAGAUUUUUUUUUUUUUUUUCUGCUAUGAGUUCCUUCAAGCCCUCUCCCUACGCCAGACGGAGUGAUGUGGAGUCCGGCAACUGCAAUUCCGACGACCCCGAGGAGGACGACUCAUCUAAUCCUUUUGAGAUUCAUACCACUAAGCAUGCUUCUGUUGACAGACUCCGCCGCUGGAGACAAGCUGCACUAGUGUUAAAUGCUUCUCGUCGAUUUCGGUAUACCUUAGACUUGAAAAAGGAAGAAGAGAAGAAAGAAGCUUUGAGAAAGAUUAGAGCACAUGCACAAGCCAUACGAGCUGCAUAUCUCUUUAAAGAGGCUGGGAAUCGUCUAUCAGGUCCUAGGCCUACAGCAUCUGCAGCUCCAAAUGGUGAUUUUUCUGUUGGGCAAGAUCAACUGGCUGUGUUGGUAAAGGAUCGAAAUGUUGGCACUCUGGAGCAGUAUGGAGGGGUUAAAGGGGUAGCAGAUAUGUUGCAAUCAAACUUAGAGAAGGGGAUAGUUGGUGAUGAUUCUGAUUUACUGAAACGGAGAAACACAUAUGGUUCAAACACGUAUCCUCAGAAACCGGGAAGGAGUUUUUGGAGGUUUCUCUGGGAAGCUUGGCAAGAUCUUACGUUGAUCAUAUUGAUGAUAGCUGCUGUUGCUUCGUUAGUGCUAGGCAUAAAGACUGAGGGUAUCAAGGAAGGCUGGUAUGAUGGUGGAAGCAUUGCUUUUGCAGUUAUUCUUGUCAUUGUUGUAACAGCUAUUAGUGACUAUCGGCAAUCUCUUCAAUUUCAGAAUUUGAAUAAGGAGAAGAGGAACAUACAAGUGGAGGUUGUUAGAGGUGGUCGUCGAAUUGAGGUCUCAAUUUAUGACAUUGUUGUUGGUGAUGUUAUACCACUCAAUAUUGGUGAUCAGGUCCCUGCUGAUGGCAUCUUAAUUUCUGGACACUCACUUGCCAUUGAUGAAUCAAGCAUGACUGGAGAGAGCAAGAUUGUUCAAAAGCAUGGUAAGGAACCUUUUCUGAUGUCUGGAUGCAAAGUAGCUGAUGGUAGUGGCAGCAUGCUGGUUACAAGUGUUGGAGUUAAUACUGAAUGGGGUUUGCUUAUGGCAAGUAUUUCUGAAGACAAUGGCGAGGAAACUCCUUUGCAGGUGCGUUUAAAUGGUGUGGCAACUUUAAUUGGUAUUGUUGGACUCACAGUAGCCCUUGCUGUUUUGAUUGUGCUCCUCACAAGGUAUUUCACUGGUCACACCAAAAAUCCAGAUGGAAGUCGUCAGUUUAUUGCAGGCCAGACAAAAGUUGGCCGUGCCGUAGAUGGAGCCAUCAAAAUUGUCACUAUUGCGGUGACCAUUGUUGUGGUUGCUGUGCCCGAAGGGCUUCCACUAGCUGUUACCUUAACUCUUGCUUACUCAAUGAGAAAGAUGAUGGCAGACAAGGCAUUGGUGCGGAGGCUAUCAGCAUGUGAGACGAUGGGGUCUGCUACGACUAUUUGUAGUGAUAAGACUGGAACCUUAACUUUAAAUCAGAUGACCAUUGUUGAGGCUUAUGUUGGAGGGAAGAAGAUUGAUCCGCCAGAGAAGAAGUCAGAGUUGUCUCCCAUGAUACACUCCAUACUUGUUGAAGGCAUUGCUCUAAACUCAAAUGGUAGUGUAUAUGUACCUGAGAGUGGUGGAGAGGUAGAGGUUACAGGUUCACCUACAGAAAAGGCUAUUCUUAAUUGGGGUAUCAAGCUGGGAAUGAACUUUCAAGCACUUAGAUCAGAAUCUGCAAUUCUUCAUGUUUUCCCCUUCAGUUCAGACAAAAAACGUGGUGGUGUUGCAGGUCAACGGGAUAAUCAAGUUCAUAUACACUGGAAAGGUGCUGCUGAGAUAGUCUUGGCAUCAUGCACACGGUUUAUUGAACAUGAUCACUCUGUCCAACUAGAUGAAGAUAAGAUGAAGUAUUUUAAGAGAGCUAUUGAGGAUAUGGCUUCACGUAGUUUACGUUGUGUUGCAAUUGCAUAUAGAUCUUUUGAACCUGAGAAUGUUCCUGAUGGUGAAGAACAAUUGAGUAAGUGGGCUCUACCAGAAGAUGACCUUGCUUUGUUGGCUAUAGUUGGUUUAAAGGACCCCUGUCGACCAGGAGUAAAGGAUGCAGUACGACUUUGUCAAAAGGCUGGUGUUAAGGUGCGCAUGGUCACUGGUGAUAAUGUGCAAACUGCUAGAGCUAUUGCGUUGGAAUGUGGAAUACUUGGUUCAGAUUCAGAUGCUACUGAACCAAAUCUUAUUGAAGGAAAAGUAUUCCGUGCCUUAUCUGAUGCCCAAAGAGAAGAGGUCGCUGAGAAAAUAUCAGUGAUGGGUCGAUCCUCUCCCAAUGAUAAGCUUCUCCUUGUGCAAGCGUUGAGAAAGAGAGGACAUGUAGUUGCUGUAACUGGAGAUGGUACAAAUGAUGCUCCUGCAUUACACGAGGCAGAUAUUGGUCUUGCAAUGGGCAUUCAGGGGACAGAAGUUGCCAAAGAAAGCUCAGAUAUUAUUAUUUUAGAUGACAACUUUGCUUCAGUUGUGAAGGUUGUACGGUGGGGCCGAUCAGUAUAUGCAAAUAUUCAGAAAUUCAUCCAGUUUCAGCUUACGGUUAAUGUUGCAGCACUUAUUAUCAAUGUGGUGGCAGCAAUAUCCUCCGGUGAUGUCCCACUAAAUGCUGUGCAGCUUUUGUGGGUUAAUCUUAUUAUGGACACUCUUGGAGCAUUAGCGUUGGCUACUGAACCACCAACCAAUCACCUCAUGGACAGGUCACCAGUUGGUAGAAGAGAACCUCUUAUAACAAAUAUCAUGUGGAGGAAUCUGCUAAUACAGGCAUUUUAUCAAGUCUCUGUAUUGCUUGUCCUCAAUUUUCGUGGUCGGAGUUUGCUUCAUUUGAACCACUCCAAUAUAGAAGCUGUCAAAGUGAAGAAUACGUUGAUUUUCAAUGCAUUUGUGCUUUGUCAAAUUUUCAACGAGUUUAAUGCUCGAAAACCUGAUGAGAAGAAUAUAUUCAAAGGAGUCACUAAAAAUUACCUCUUUAUUGGGAUCAUUGCAAUUACUGUUGUGCUCCAGGUGAUAAUAAUCGAGUUUCUUGGAAAAUUCACAUCCACGGUCAGGCUAAAUUGGAAAUAUUGGAUUAUUUCAAUAAUCAUUGGUGUUAUCAGUUGGCCUCUAGCCCUCCUUGGAAAAUUUAUACCUGUUCCUGAAACGCCCUUCCAUGUGCUGAUUAUCAGAAUGUUCCGUAAACGACAACCUAGAGGUGGUUAACUGUAAAUUUCACUGGAUUUGCACUGCAGCAUUGGCUUUUCUUUUUCAAAUUAUUAUAGGAUAGCAGUUUUUAGGACCUGAGCAACACUGACCUUGACGCCAUGAUGGAGAGUAUUUUGUGGAAAUUGGUUUUUUUGUGCUUCUAAAGAGCAAUCGUUCUGAGGGAUUGUAUAGAGAUUCUUCAGAAAGUCGUUUGCUUGACUAACUUGUGGCUAACCCAAUACGUGAAUGGUGGGUGGCAAGAGAAUCAUCUCCUGUCGUUGUAUUUUAUAAGUAACUUUGUGAUUUGGGUUUGGUUGUUUAUGCUUUGAAGAUUGUGUUUGAUGUGAAGUACACGGAAUGAUACUAAAAUUAUACAGGCAUCCUUUGAGAUUAUCGUCUUGAA